GAAUGUCUCCAAAAAGCGCUUGUCAUCGCAACUGAAAUUGGCGACAGAGAAGGGGAAGCAUCAUGUUAUGGAAACCUAGGUACUGUGUUUCUGUUCGUUGGCCAAUACGACAAGGCUGAAGAUUGUCUCCAAAAAGCGCUUGUCAUCAAAACUAAAAUUGGCGACAGAGGAGGGGAGGCAGCUAACUAUGGAAACCUAGGUAGUGUGUUUCUGUCCGUUGGCCAAUACGACAAGGCUGAAAAGUAUCUCCAAGAAGCGCUUGUCAUCCAAACUGAAAUUGGCGACAGAAAAGGGGAGGCAACUAGCUAUGGAAACCUAGGUAGUGUGUUUCUGUCCGUUGGCCAAUACGACAAGGCUGAAGAGUAUCUCCAAAAAGCGCUUGUCAUCAAAACUGAAAUUGGCGACAGAGGAGGGGAGGCAGCUAGCUAUGGAAACCUAGGUAGUGUGUUUCUGUCCGUUGGCCAAUACGACAAGGCUGAAAAGUAUUUCCAGAAAGCGCUUGUCAUCAAAACUGAAAUUGGCGACAGAGGAGGGGAAGCAUCAUGUUAUGGAAACCUAGGUAUUGUGUUUAGGUCGCUUGGCCAAUACGACAAGGCUGAAGAGUAUCUCCAAAAAGCGCUUGUCAUCCAAACUAAAACUGGCGACAGAGGAGGGGAGGCAGCUAACUAUGGAAACCUAGGUAGUGUGUUUCUGUCCGUUGGCCAAUACGACAAGGCUGAAGAGUAUCUCCAAAAAGCGCUUGUCAUCAAAACUGAAAUUGGCGACAGAGGAGGGGAAGCAUCAUGUUAUGGAAACCUAGGUAUUGUGUUUAGGUCGCUUGGCCAAUACGACAAGGCAGAAGAGUAUCUCCAAAAUGCGCUUGUCAUCCAAACUGAAAUUGGCGACAGAGAAGGGGAAGCAUCAUGUUAUGGAAACCUAGGUAUUGUGUUUAUGUCGCUUGGCCAAUAUGACAAGGCUGAAGAGUAUCUCCAAAAAUCGCUUGUCAUCAAAACUGAAAUUGGCGACAGAGAAGGGGAGGCAGCUAACUAUGGAAACCUAGGUAGUGUGUUUCUGUCCGUUGGCCAAUACGACAAGGCUGAAGAGUAUCUCCAAAAAGCGCUUGUCAUCCAAACUGAAAUUGGCGACAGAGAAGGGGAGGCAGCUAACUAUGGAAACCUAGGUAGUGUGUUUCUGUCCGUUGGCCAAUAUGACAAGGCUGAAGAGUAUCUCCAAAAAGCGCUUGUCAUCACAACUGAAAUUGGCGACAGAGAAGGGGAGGCAGCUAACUAUGGAAACCUAGGUAGUGUGUUUCUGUACGUUGGCCAAUACGACAAGGCUGAAGUGUAUCUCCAAAAAGCGCUUGUCAUCACAACUGAAAUUGGCGACAGACAAAAGGAAGCAUCAUGUUAUGGAAGCCUAGGUACUGUGUUUAAGUUGCUUGGCCAAUACGACAAGGCUGAAGAGUAUCUCCAAAAAGCGCUUGUCAUCAAAACUAAAAUUGGCGACAGAGAAGGGGAGGCAGCUGACUAUGGAAACCUAGGUAGUGUGUUUCUGUCCGUUGGCCAAUACGACAAGGCUGAAGAGUAUCUCCAAAAAGCGCUUGUCAUCAAAACUGAAAUUGGCGACAGAGAAGGGGCAGCAUCAUGUCAUGGAAAACUUGGUACUCUGUUUAGAACUGUUGGUGAUUUUGAAGCUUCGGAAGUAUGCUUGGAGAAAGCCUUAUUAAUAUCCAGAGAUAUUGGAGAUGGAAGAAAAGAGUUCGAAAUCCUCGGAAGUUACGCCGUUUUGUAUUUGUGCCAAUAUAAAAUCAAAGACUCCCUGUCGUGUCUUCAUCUGUGCAUUGAAAAGUAUGAGGAGCUGAGAUAUUUCUUGGGCGCCAAUGAUCAGUUCAAAACAUCAUUACUGGAGGACACAGGAAUAUUUCCUUACAAACUGCUUUGUACUUUGCUUUGUGCCACCGGAAAUGCUCGGGAUGCUAUUUAUGUUGAGGAGUUGGGUCGAGCUAGAGGCCUAUCAGACUUAAUGGCAGAGAAGUACUCGGUUGAAACGCACAUCUCUGCUAAUCCACAAUCUUGGUUUGGCAUUGAGAACAUUUUAAGAAAGCAAAAAAACUGUACUUGUCUGUACAUUUCUUAUUUUCAGAAUAGUCUGCAUUUGUGGAUCUUGAAAACAAGUGGAGUCCUUCACUAUAGAAGAGUAUCACCAGAAGAGAAUGUAGUUCAGGCUGGGUUACCCAAAGAUUUGCCUUUGAGUCAAUUUUUGGAUGAUAAUUUCCGGAGUCUUGGUAUUUUUAAGAUCGGUCUUUAAAUACGAUUAAAUUGCAACCUCUCUCCCCCGCGCAAAAGAGCUCAGCAAGAUUACGACUCGUGGAGGAGGACGGUGACGAGGACGAGGACGAGAAAGUGAUUUCAAGUCUACAUUUAUGUUACAAAAUGUUCAUUGCCCCCGUUUAUGAUUUACUUGAUGAGCCUGAAGUCAUUAUUGUUCCUGACCGCAGGUUGUACAAAGUUCCCUUUGCUGCCCUGAGUGAAAAGGAAGGAGCCGAAUACUUGUCAGAGACCCAUAAGAUCCGUAUCAUUCCUUCGUUGACAACACUCAAGAACAUUCAAGAUAGUCCAGAGGACUAUCACAGCAACACUGGUGCCCUGGUAAUAGGCAAUCCCAAGGUUAAUUGGCUGGAGCCAUUGCCAGCUGCAAGAAAGGAAGCGGAGAUGGUCGGACGACUGGUGGGUGUUCCGCCUCUAGUUGAAGAGAAAGCAACGAAGCAGGCAGUACUUGAGCGGAUAAGUUCCGUGAGCUUGAUACAUUUUGCUGCCCAUGGUAACGCGGAAAGAGGAGAAAUUGCACUCUCCCCCAUUCCUACUCCCAACAAUCAAAACGCUAUCCCGAAGGAAGCUUACAUGUUGACGAUGGCUGAUGUCUCACGAGUGAAAGUCAGAGCUAAACUGGUGGUACUUAGCUGCUGUCACAGUGGAAGUGGAGAGAUAAGAGCCGAGGGAGUUAUAGGAAUUGCUGGUUUUCAGUGUCACGCCAUUCAAAAUAGAUCAAAAUAAAAAAUAAAAAACCGUUCAAUCGAUUUAGUCUAGAAUCUGGAAAUAGAAAGAAGCUAGAUAUGUAAAGACUCUCGCCAAGAUUCAGGUCACAGCAAUUUUUCUUACGGAAGAUAUGAGGAGAAACGUUUUUCCCAAAUUUAUAGAGAUUUGUAUGGAGCCGCCAUGCUGGUGCCCACCUAGAUGGGCACCAACAUGGCGGCCGGAAACCAGCAGAAACAUCUGUCACUGAGUUUUGCUACAAAAGCGUGAAUUUAUCUCUCUAAGAACUCAUAAACGUAACAAUAAUACUUUAUUCUAAUACAAGAACUGUUCAGAUAGCUGAAUUUCCCUAAAUAAGUCACCUUUUAAACCAACAUAACAGCUCUCUCGCUCGUCAUGUAAAGGCCACGUCACGCAAAAGCUUAGAAAUUCAAGAGUAGUCUAUCACUAAACCAAGAACCCAUUUGGAGUGAAAAUUUGUCUGAAUAUUAGUUUUUAGCUGCUCUAAUACAUCAUCAAAGUAAAAUCUCAGGAGGAUCAAUAAUUCUGAAGUCUGAAAUUUAGUGACGUCACGUGAAAACCAGCAAUUGCCCGUGCGUUCUUAGGAUCCGGUGCUCGCUCGGUGUUGGUUGCGCUGUGGGCCAUUCCAGACUCUGCAACAGGGAAGCUGAUGAGUCGGUUUUACGAACACCUUGUUGAAGGAGAAAGUGCCAGUGAGUCUCUUCACCAGACUAUGAAGUGGAUGAGAAAAAAUGGUUUUAUCCAAGUGUCUCAAUGGGCUUCAUUCACGCUGAUUGGAGAUGACGUGAGAUUAGAGUUUGGCGCGCCAGGUGAGACUCAGCUCAAAAAGAUAUUUCACUAA